AUGGACGUGGGACAGACCGUGGUCGUUUCUCUUCUACCUCUGGUGUGUCGGCUAGGGAUCCUGGUUGGCCUCGAUAUUGGUAGUCAUCGCUACAGAGUCGAAGUAGCUUUGGCCACAAUCUACUUGUGUCCUGUGAGAUGCUUCAACUAUGUCACAGUGGUACGAUUAUUCAUUCGUGGUUUCACAGAGGACAUGACGUUACCCCUGCAGAACUCGGCAUGUUACAAAUGGUCCAUCAUGUACGAGUGUCACACGGCAGAGGGCCCAAAACGGGAUGCAGGUCACUUCCGAGGGGCAACGAACUCUCUCGGAAGCUGGGAGUUGCUCGCGAGUUGA